AGUUUGGACACGUAGUGUCUCCACCCACUUUUAAAUUUAUGUUAAAUUCAAGUUAUCUAUGCAACAAUUUCCUGUGAGCGAUUUUCUUCAUUUAUUACAAAUUAAUUAUGUUAAUAAAUCCAGUAGAGGUGAACAGAAUGUCUGGGUAUAGUUGAAAAACGUGAAGUUUUUUGAGUUGAUACAAUUUUUCAAUUUUUAAAAAUGAUAUUUAAAAUAGUUAUCGUUUCCUUUUCGAUGCAACUGCUCUUAGUGUAUUCUAAAAAGAGAUACGAAGUCACAGAGCCUGAUGUUGAGUCGCCACAAAGUAAUGGUAAUGGUAGUGUUAAGUGGAUGCUCAUGCCGGAUGGUCGCGAUAAUGUACAGCCAGCAGUUAUCUCUGGACUACAACCGAAUGAUGAAGUCAUCUCAGAUGUUGAUUCAGUAAAAUUUUAUCUAUUCACGAGGGAUAACGCAAACAAGGCGGAAGUUCGUUCGAUGAAUAAGUCGUGUUUACCAGUCUUCAAGUAUUUUAAGAAUAAAAAAAAGACCAAAAUAUUAAUCCACGGAUUUGGAGAUAAUGUCAAAGAGUCAUAUAUGGUGCCAACUUUGAAGGAUGCUUUUUUAUCAAGAGGUGACUUCAACAUUAUUGCCGUCGACUGGUCAAAUUUAGCAUCAAAACCAUGGUAUAAUAAAGCAGUAGAAAAUACCCAUCCAGUGGCCAAGCAUGUGGCUGCUUUUAUCGAUCACAUGUCCACUUCUACAGACACUAAAGCCAAAAAUGUCCACUUGGUGGGAUUCUCCUUAGGGGCUCAUGUAGCCGGAAUGACAGCCAGUAACGUAAAAAGUGGCAGAAUAAGGCAUAUAACUGGUCUUGAUCCGGCUUAUAUAUUGUAUUCAAAAACUCCACCGGAAAGGAGACUCGAUUCAUCUCAGGCAGAUUUAGUCGAAGUGGUUCAUACGUCUGGAGGUUAUGUAGGUUUUGAAAAACCUCUAGGUCAUCGUGAUUUCUUCCCCAAUGGUGGGGUUUGGCCUCAACCAGGAUGUGUAAUUGACUACGCAGCUGUCUGCAGUCACCGUAGAGCUUAUUAUUAUUAUGGCGAAGCAAUCGCCAAAACUGGCAGUUUUCUGAGUAUUUCGUGCGAAUCUUACGAACAUUUUGUAAAUGAUGGCUGCAAAGCAGAUAAGAAUCGAACGAUCGAUAUUGGAGAUUCUUUAUACGAUACGAGGAAUAAAGGAUUAUUUUACUUGAAUACAAAACCUGAGUCACCUUAUGGAGAGAAACCAACUGAUACAGAUUCUGUGGAAGAAUUACAAAGUUUAUUUGAAUAAAAUAAUUUUUUUUUAGAAACUUAUUUUUUUUUCUUUAAAUGAAGAUAAUAUUUUUCCACCUUUUCAAGUUGAACUUUCACGAAAAUCAUUCCACAGUAAGACUCGCUGCUUGAUCGAAUUUCAAAUGUUUAAAUAUUCACUUAUGUAUGCAUGCACACGAAUCCG